GAUAAUGCUGGCAUAGCCCGAAUAUUAACAGCCUUUCAGUAUAUAGAGAUAGAUUUAAACAAAUAUUUAGUCCGAUAUAAAAAGUUCUUUUAUUCUUCUUACGGAUUAGAAGGGCAAGUAGAAUAUGAACCAACUACCAAAAGACAUAUUUUUAAAACUUGGGAAGAAGUAGAAGAGGAAGCCAAACCGGAAGAGCAAAAGAAAACUAAAAUUGCUACCGAAGAGCCCGACCUCUCUUUUGGUGAGUGGAAAAAGAAAUUUCGGGAGGAACACCCCGAGCAAAAACCUACUUUUCAAUUAUAUACUAUCCAAAGGUUAGAAAAAAGAAAAGAGCAAUUGCUUAAAGAACUAAAAAAAACCAGUGGAGUAUUUAAAGACAAAUUAAACUUACGGCUAACCUUUACCGAGGCUUUAAUUGAAGCCUACCAAAAAGAAAUAAAAGUCUGUGAAGUAGGAACUCCCGAGCAAAAAUUACCUUUGGAAGCCUCCGAUAAAGAAUUACAAGAGGCUAGACCUCCUGGUGUCGGUAAAUCUUUUAUUAGUGAAAUGUUAGCCGAGGCUAUGGGCUUAGAGAUUGAAGUUAUUAGCAUGAAUGGUAAAAAAGAAACUAGUAUAUUUUUCGGAGUUCCCCAAGAAUGGGCUGGGGCAGGAGUAGGAGAAAUCUUAAAAACUAUGAUUAAAUAUAAAACCCGAGCACCGAUUAUUCUUUUGGAUGAAUUUGAAAAGUGUGAUAAAUCAGUUCAGCAAGUUUUAGGUAAUUUAACCGAUGAAACUUUAAAUAAAAAGUUUAAAGAU